GUGCUAUCGGAUUCAUCCUGCUGCAUACAAGUCUACGCCGAAACGGCCUCAAUUCUCAUCGCCUUGAACGCCCUAUAUCCAGAUAUCCUGUGCUCCGAGUUCUUGCGGCUCGUUAUCUCGGUGUUCCUCAGACCGCAUCCCUGGGCCGACAAUGAUCAGGGUAGCCUAAGACCACCCCCGACGAAGGAUUACCGCAGAACAACAACCCUUCACAAUGUGGCGGGACCGCACCAACCUGUAUAUCUCCUACCGCCAGUCGUUCGCGCAUCACCCAGCCAAGAAGCCACGUUAUCUCGGAGCAUCCAAGGGCUUCUCCGAUAGCACAUCACAGCCCGAAGAAAGCCGACGACUCAUUUCGGAAACUGGAGGACUCGACGAUGAUGGCGACGCAAUUAUCGAGAUGGACGUUUUACCCCCGCGCUGGGUCGACGUACAGGAAGAAGUGACGGAACUACUGGCCGACAUCGCGCAGAAGUCCGCCCUCCUAGAUAAAUUACACCAGAAGCACCUUCUACCUGGAUUUGGCGACGAGGAUGCGAGGAAGCAGGACGAAGCUGUAAUAGAGCGACUGACACAGGAGAUCACGCGCGCUUUCCAUAUGUGCCAGAAGGCUGUUCAGAAGAUCGAGGUGAUGGUGCGGGAGGCUAAACAACAGGGUGGAGUAAGCAGCGGAGAUGAGACUAUGGCGAAGAACCUGCAGAUAUCUCUUGCUGCGAGGGUACAGGAGGCUAGUGCUCGGUUUCGAAAGAAACAGAGUAACUACUUGAAGAAGUUACGAGGACUGGAGGGCGGAUCAGCACCGUUUGAACGAUCCCCGACACCUAUGCAGAACCCCUACACAGACCCUUCGUUGAUGGAGUCUGACGCGGACAAGUCAUUCUCGCAGUCUACGCUGCUGCAAACGUCGCAACGCCUGACGGGUCAGAAUGACGCCGCCAUUGAGCAGCGGGAGCGGGAAAUCAACGACAUCGCCAAAGGCAUCAUCGAAUUGUCGGACAUCUUCCGUGAGCUACAGGCUAUGGUUAUUGACCAGGGUACUAUGCUGGACCGGAUAGAUUAUAAUAUUGAGCGGAUGGGGACGGAGGUCAAGGCCGCGGAUAAGGAGCUCAAAGUGGCCACAAACUAUCAACGACGUACAGUGAAGCGCAAAAUCCUUCUCCUGUUGGUGAUCCUGGUGGCAGGUUUGUUCAUCGUUCUACUGGUGAAGCCGAAGAAACAUAGUUCCCCGGAUCCCGCCCCGGUACCGGCACCGGCGCCGGCGCCUCCUCCCCCGCAAAAUGAACAGCCGCCCGCCAUGGCCCCGCGAGCAUUUGAGAUCAUAUCCCGCCGGAAGAGACACCCGUCCUUGUCACGGGCAGCGAGAAACAAAUGGGGUGAUCCAGAUAUAUAUCGAUAGCUCGCAUCUCAGGAUUCGAUGAUAAUAGUAAUGAAACUAAUUCAAAUGAAUUCAGCGAUCGGUCGAUUCGUUGU